ACAAACGUGACGCAAUUGACAAAAAAUCUGUUUGGGAAAACUCCUUCAAGGUGGCACAGACACUGUUUAUUUCGCGGAAGAUGGAUGUUGUUUCCCAUUCCACGCCGUAGGUUUUACAAAUAAAGUUACUCUAUUUCUUUUGGAGAAAUGGGGCAUUACUACUACUGUGCAUGUUUCCUCUGUUGCUUGUCCGAUGAGGACAGGAACGUCAUCGCCAUAAAUAAUGAAAUCAAACGCAUCCUUGCAGAGCAGAAGAAAAGACAACGGAAAGAAAUCAAGGUGCUUUUAUUAGGCACGGGAGAAAGCGGAAAGACAACAUUUAUUAAGCAGAUGCAAAUCAUUCAUGGAAGCGGAUACUCGGACGACGAGAGGCGUAGCUACGCUAAACUGGUUUUUCAGAAUAUCUUCCAAGCUAUGAAUGCAAUGACGGAUGCCAUGAAGACGCUAAGGAUUCCCUACUCCAACCCACAGAAUGAGAUUUAUGCUCAGUGGUUCGAGGAUCUGGACAUACAUCAGAUAACAGAGCUUCAGAGAAGUUACGUAGAGGCUAUUCGUCACCUAUGGACAGACAAAGGCUUUAAGAUGUGUUACAGUCGGCGUAGAGAGUAUCAGCUACUAGAUUCCACUAAAUACUUUAUUGAUAACUUGGACCGCAUCGCAGGUCAAGGCUACGUUCCUUCGCAUCAAGAUGUUCUUCAAGUCCGGUUCCCCACUACGGGCAUCAAAGACCACUGCUUUCAUUUGGAGAAGAUGACUCUCAGGAUUGUAGAUGUCGGGGGUCAAAGAGGACAAAGAAAGAAGUGGAUCCAUUGCUUUGAGAAUGUGAUGUCACUCAUAUUUCUAGCCUCCCUCAGCGAGUACGACCAACUUCUGGCGGAGAAUAACAAGGAUAACCGUAUGGAAGAGAGUUUGUCGCUCUUCUACACGACCAUCCACUCAAACUGGUUUGUUAAUUCCUCCAUCAUCCUCUUCCUGAACAAAAUGGACAUCCUGGCUGAGAAGAUUCAGUCCUCAGAUCUACAAACAUACUUCCCUCAAUUUAAAGGUAAACGUCGGGACACUCAAGAUGCCAUGGAAUAUAUCAAACAUUUAUAUAUACAAAAAUCAGUUUCCUAUGAGACAAAAAACUCCAAAAAAAUCUACCCUCACUUCACCUGUGCCACGGACACUAAAAACAUACAGAAAGUCUUCAAUGACGUGAAAGACACUGUCCUCGUCAAGGCCUUAGAAGACUUUGGACUUGUCUAAUGAGCCCCAGACGCACUUUCACGGCACGCGGCAUCAGACUAUAUUGAUCCCAAUGCCAAUCCAUGUACAUUCAGAAACACUACUAUUUUAUGGAGGCAUGACUCUUCAGUCAAAUCAUUUUUUUUAAUCAUUAUUUAUAAUAGAGCACACUUGGAGAAAAUGUAAUUAUGGGUUAAUUUUUAUGUUGCUUAAUAACUUAUCUAUAUUCACAUGCUAAGCUUGGACUAUUUUGUAAAGAAUUAAUGUGAUGAAGAAAACUGACUCAUUCUGAGAAAAGCUUUUAGCAUCAGUUUAUUUAUUGUGAUGAAAUUCAUUUUAAUGUGACUACAAAUUAACUACUAAAUUAAGUCUCCCCCAAAAAAUUACAUUUAUAAUAAAAAAAAGCCAUUCUUAUGUAGGUAUAUUGUACAAUUCAACGUAAAUUAACUGAAUUUCUCACUAAGACCAAGAGGGAAGGUAGGUAGACCACAAAAAGAGAACCGUGGCGUUACAGAUGCAUCGUGAGACAGACCUGCCAAGUGAAGUGUCAUUGUUUGUCAGACUGUUUCUCCACACUGCAAAAUAGCACCAGCCCACUCAUGACUGAGCCAUAGUUCAAUGCGCGGUGUAGUAGUAUAUCAGAAUUGUUCUCAGCUGUGUUUCUACUAUGCAUUUUUUGUUGUAACAACGACCAACGAAAAGAAAAUAGUGUAAAAGUUUGAUAGUAAAAAUAAAAUGUGUCCAUCCAGCAUAAAAAGUGCUUCAUAUGGCUCCGGCGGGGUUAAUAAAGGCCUUAUGAAAUGAAGUUAUGCAUUUGUGUAAGAAAAAUAUCUAUAUUUAAAACUCUAUAAAUCGUAAUCUCUAGCUUCCACUAACUUUCGUAUGCUCGUUCACAAGAGAAUGGCCUUCCAGUGGACGCAGUAGGGCGAAAGGCAAACGCAGAAGCGCAGAAAGAGCAAAACAAAACACCGGUCACGAAUUAAAAGUACAAAAUGGACACUGGUUUUCUUUUGCUGUCAACAAAACUUCUUCCUCACAAAAUCAGCAUCUUCGCCAGAGCUUACGCUAUGUCUACAUCCUAUGCAUGAGUUUACAUGAUGUAUCUCCAGAAUUUGGAAAGUGUUCAAGUGUGCAUACAAUUUUUGAUGACCUGAUGGGACACUCUUACAACAUAGUGUUGUAAAAUUACUUUUAUAGUGCUUUAUUUACACUAUAUUUUGUAUAUGCUUUGUACUUUAAAGUAAACUUCCAAUUGACUGUUCAGUAGUCCCUGUGUAACAGCUAACAUUAUUUCAUUUUGUUUCUAAUGGAUAAAAGCAGUUGUGAACGUUCUUCAAAAUACACAUAUUCAUCUCUGUGUCAAUAAAAUGUGCAACACUAUAUUUUACUACUAAAAUUAUAUAAAAUAUCUUAUUAACUUACGCCGUGUGCUUCAACGGCACUGAGUUUUGGCAUUUUUCCAAUCUGGGACAACUUUCUGUCGCGUACAUGUGCUCUCAACCCUGAUAGCACGGGUACAUCUUGGAGAUGUCUAUUUGACGUCUGCAUUUACAUCUGCAAGACGUAUUUCUAAGAUUGUUUCUCAUCUGCAAAACUUUUCCUAUCAGAUGUCAAAUAGAUGUCUGAUAGAUGUCUUUAAGAUGUUUAUUAUUUAGAAUAUAUGUAAAAUUGACAUCUUACAGACGUCUGCCAGAUGUUUGUACACAGGAGAUGCUUUCCAGAUCGAGUGAUCUUUAACAGACAUCUUGCAGGUGUAUGUGUGCUAUCUGGGUGGGAAGUCUCAAAAACCGCAAGUAACCCAGAUAGCACAUAUACGUCUGCAAGAUGUCUGUUAAAGAUCACUUGAUCUGGAAAGCAUCUGCUGUGUACAAGCAUUCUAAAUCAUAAACAUCUUAAAAACAUCUAUAGACGUCUAUUUGACAUCUGAUAGGAAACGUCCUAUAGACG